AUGUCUCAAACAGGUCCAUUCAUCCGUGUCACAACUGUCAGCGCGCCUCUAAAAGGAUCUUUUCCUCUAGAUCACGAAGGAACUUGUAAACUCGAAAUGCUGAAUUAUAUGGUGUGCCUACACGAGAAGAAGCAGCAAAACAGUGGAUGCCGUGAUGUUGCGAAAGAUUAUUUCGAAUGUCGAAUGAACCACGGACUAAUGGAUAAAGAUGAAUGGCAGAAGCUGGGAUAUGGAGAUACAAAGUAG